AUGGAUUCGAAAGAAAGAGUCGAUGACAAAACUCUAAACAAGAGGAAGGAGAUCAUGAUCUUAAAGAUUCAAAAGAGGAUUGAUCAAAUCAAUACUGUGUUGCAAGCGUCGGGCUUAUCCGCAGGAACUUCACCUGAGGUUCAAAACCUCUACAACGAAAUCAAACUACUUCUCAAGACGACUACCAAGACUCUCCAAGAUCCUAGUAAAGUGGCGCCACAUAUUCACGACGAGCUUGACUUACUGUUUGUUGCUGAGGAUGUUGGACACUCGUGCGACUUAUGCCAGAGAGAUCUCGCUACUGAUCCAGAACGGCCUAAUGCUUCCUUGAGCAGCUUACAUGAGGCGUGCGUGCUGUCUUGUGGUCAUGUCUACCACUUCAAGUGUUUGGAAGGAACCACUCUUGAUAUCAAUAACCAUUCUAAUGAUCCUUCCUGCAUUUUCUGCAUUAGCUGUUCCAGCUGA